AUGUUGACGCUUGUUGUGCAUUAUGUAGACGUCGUGAAUGUACAGCAGUGCACGAUACAGCCCAAUUUGUCCAGCUACAUACUUUUCCGAAACAACUCAGAUAUACCUCUACCCUCGAAUUGUGCAAUGCACGGCAUACGCGUGGCACACGCGAUGAAUCCGAUGAUUCAUCAAGAGUUGAACAGGAACUUCCGUCAAUAUAUAUCUACAAGUGCGGUGUGA